AUAAACCUAUCAAUCAAUCAAAAUCCAUUCAUCGAUAAAGUUUUUCUCAUUCUCUAAGCUGCGAUUUCAUUUUGUUUUCUGAUCUGAAUCGAUAAUCUCAUCAAUGGCGGAGAAAAGCUUCAAAUACGUGAUCCUAGGCGGCGGCAACGCUGGUGGUUAUGCUGCUAGAGAGUUCUCCAAGCAAGGUGUUAAGCCAGGAGAGCUUGCAAUUAUUUCUAAAGAAGCGGUUGCUCCUUAUGAGCGUCCAACUCUUAGCAAGGGAUAUCUUCUUCCUGAAUCACCUCCAAGACUACCAGGAUUUCACACCUGUGUUGGAGGUGGAGGUGAAAGAUUGCUACCAGAGUGGUAUGUGGAGAAAGGAAUUGAAUUGAUUCUAAACACAGAGAUAGUUAAGGCAGAUCUUGCUUCUAAGACUCUCACAAGUGCUACUGGGGAAACCUUUAAAUAUCAAUCUUUGAUCAUUGCUACUGGUUCCAAUGUUAUAAAGCUGUCUGAUUUUGGGGUACAAGGGGCUGAUUCGAAGAAUAUCUUGUAUUUGAGGGAUAUUGUCGAUGCUGAUCUACUUGUUAAAACCAUUAGUGAAAAGAAAGAUGGAAAGGUGGUGAUUGUUGGUGGAGGAUACAUUGGUCUAGAGCUUAGUGCAGGAAUUAAAUUAAACAAUUUGGAUGUCGUCAUGGUUUACCCAGAACCUUGGUGCAUGCCUCGACUUUUUACAGCUGAACUAGCUGCUUUUUAUGAGGGUUAUUAUUCAAACAAAGGAAUCAAGAUCAUAAAAGGAACUGUAGCGAAUGCUUUUACUGCCAAUUCUAAUGGAGAGGUGAAGGAAGUAAAACUCAAGGAUGGCAGAACACUAGAAGCAGACAUUGUUGUUGUUGGUGUUGGAGGAAGGCCUAUUACAGGUUUGUUCAAAGGACAAGUUGAAGAAGAGAAAGGUGGCAUAAAGACUGAUGGAUUCUUUAAAACAAGUGUUCCUGAUGUGUAUGCUGUGGGUGAUGUUGCUACUUUUCCCAUGAAAAUAUAUGGCGAUUUGAGAAGAGUUGAACAUGUUGAUCAUGCCCGCAAAUCAGCUGAACAUGCUGUUAAGGCACUAUUUGCAAGCGAGAAAGGGGAGACUAUUGACGAAUACGAUUAUCUUCCCUACUUCUAUUCCCGUUCAUUCAGCCUUUCAUGGCAGUUCUACGGCGACAAUGUAGGUGAAACUGUUCUAUUCGGAGACAACAAUCCCGAAAACCCAAACCCGAAGUUCGGAUCUUACUGGAUCAAAGACGGAAAAGUUGCUGGUGUGUUUUUGGAAGGUGGAACACCUGAAGAAAACAAGGCCAUUGCUAAUGUGGCUAGAGCCCAACCUAAAGUAGAGAGUUUGGAUGAAUUGGCAAAGAAUGGUCUCCUCUUUGCAAGUAAGUUCUAAAUAAUAAACAGUUAUUUGUUUGUUAUUUUGUUGUUCUAAAACCGGCUUGGUUUGAUUUUAUGUGUAAUUUCUGUUUCAAAUGUCGAGAAUUUUAAUAAUGACUUGUUAUUUGUCCUUAAAUGUUUUGGUAGUUUUGAAUUUUGAUAGAUGAAGUAAUGUUCCAAAAUUUGUACCGUUUCAUAAUAUGAGAGAUUUAUAUUUGAUUUAUGUUUCA